AUGCCCGUUCAACAAAUGGCAAACUGUUGUGGUUGUGUUAGGUUAAAGGCCGGUGUCUUGAUUAUAUCCAUAUUAUGGCUUAUUGACGGUCUUAUUGGUAGUUUGAGCAAUAUCUUCGUUCUCGCCUCAAGAGAAAUAACUGAUAUUACAGAUUUAGUGACGGAUUUCGCAUAUGGUAUUGCAGGAGCUGAAAUUGUUGUUCAUGUCUAUAUGAUUAUUCUUAUUAUCGUACAUAGAUCAUCGAUCAUGGAAGAAUGUGAACGGUACAUUGAAACCACUUCUCCUGAAUUUGGAUACGCGUGUGCCCAAGGAUACAAUUAUAGCUUAACAUUCAAUAUAGCCUAUGCCAUCGUUGUAAUCCUUUUAUCGGUGUAUUUUGCUAUGGUAGUCUCAGCUUAUGCACGUAAAAUUCGAGAAGAAACCGAAACUCAAAAAGAACAAGCUGAAUAA